AUGAAUGCACAUGGACGCGCCGAUCACACAACACCGGGGAGGAGCAGAGCGGAGGUAGACAAGACAUGGGCCGAGAAGUUGCAUGGGGAAAACGAGCGCACGGGCAAAGAGUGGCAUGGGAAGAGCAAGCGCCGUGGAGUUCAGUUUGAGGAAAGAAAAUUCCAGCCUGCCAUCCGGUACACGGCCGUAGUCCAGGAAGAGGGGUGA